UACAUUUUAAACAUUAUAUGUGUAUACAUCUGUAUAUGAAAUAAUUACCUGUGUUUUGUACAUACAUAUGAACAAGCAAGAUAACGGUACGUGAAUAACCCAUUUCGACGAAACGAAAAAUAAAAAUAUAUACAUUUAUACAUACAUAUAUUUGUGUAGAAAAGUGUGCGGCCUUAACAUCUCGAGUGGCUAAUAUUAGGGAUCGGUCAACAGGAAAAUUUACUAAGAAAAAUUUGUUAAGAUUUUUCGCCAUUAAAUCCAACGUAAGCAACAUGGCAAACACAGCGAAAAAGGAGCUAGAAGAGUCAUAUGUCACUUUAGACGAUCUACCAAUAACGUUUCAGGUGAAAUACCUUGGCACCGAAAUAUCAAAUGGCUUGUGGGGCAUAAAAUUCACACGCCGACCUGUAGAAACUUUGGUGAAGGCUGCGAAAAGUUCAACACUCAAAACACCUUUGCCACUAUGCAAUUUAACGGUAUCACUGGAAGGUGUUAAGGUGGUUAUAACAUCACCGGAAACGGAUAAGAGAAGUUGGACAUAUCCGAUACAUACAAUAUCAUAUGCUGUACAGGAUUUAAUAUAUACCCGCGUAUUCGCGAUGAUUGUGGUAAAAGACGUCGGUCAAUUAAAUCCCUGUGACAUGCAUGCAUUCGUAUGUGAUAGUCGCAGUACAGCACGUAGGAUAACUUUUGCAUUGUCAGCAGCAUUUAAGGACUUCUCACGACGCGUUAAACAAUUCGAUGAGCAAUCGACUAAACAUCGAAUUACAGAAUAUCGACAAAAAUUCGCCAUCGAUUUGCGUACGCCCGAAGAGCAGCAGGCGGAUGCCAGCGAAGAGACGGAGGCUUAGAUGUAGUGACAGCAUUGACGACUUCUUAAUGUGAUUCAUAUAAGCAAGGAUUAAGCCACAUUUUUUAUGUUUAAUGGUCGAUAUAUAGAUAAUAAUAUAUAGCAACCAAAUAGAUUUUUUGAGUCAGUAAACUUCCCAAAAAACAUUUAGUCUUAAAUGUAUUGAUAAUUAAUUUAAUUGGCUGGUGAAAAAAUAAAUGUAGUUUAUUUUGAAAUUUAUUUAAAUUCGAUUUGAGAAGUAUUUUAUAUAAAUUAUU